AUGUCUUUAACUACUACAACUACUACAACUAAAACAACAUUCCUAACAAUAUAUAGAACAACCUAUUUGAAACGAUUGAUAUUUGAUUAUAUUGCAGUAUUGACAAAACCAGAACAAGAGAGAUACAGCAAUGACAGUGGUAUCACUUACACCAAGGGAAGAGAUAUUAUCAAUCAAUCACGUUUAGUGAUGAUAUCAAGUUUUGCAAUGCCAUGGGACUUUAUCAAACACUAUCUACCACCAAGAGACAAUGUAUUGUUUGCAAGAAGAAUGGAUGUCAUCACUCGUUAUUGUGCACAUCCCAAUGCUACAAUCGAUACAUUCAACCGUUUGUUAGAGUGGACUCGAUACGAUUAUACAUACAGUGCCGAUUGGAUUAAAAGUUCAAGAUACUAUUUGUACAAGUUGGAGAGUAUUAGAAAUAUGGAGAUAUUAGAGUAUGUGGCUACUACGUCGGUGUGUGUCGAUCUGAAAAUAGUAGCUAAUCGAGUAGCACAACUUGGAAACAUGAAUAUUCUCAAACAACUCUCUUCAUCCUGGACAUAUAGUUGUAUGGACCUAGCUUCAUUUAGAGGUAACUUGGAAAUGGUUCAGUAUCUUUAUCAAAAUAGUACGGCUGGUUGUUCAAAAGGAGCUUUGGAUGGUGCUGCUUCAAAUGGUCAUUUAGAUGUAGUUAUGUUUCUACAUGCAAAUAGUACACAGGGAUGUACUGAAAGGGCAAUGACAAAGGCUGCAAUAGGUGGACAUUUGGAAGUGGUAAAGUUUCUUUAUUUUAAUCGAACUGAAGGUUGCUCUAAAAGUACAUUUAAUGAAGUUGUCGCAACUGGAAGAUUAGAUAUUAUAAAGUUCUUUCAUGAGAAUGGUAUUAAAGGAUGUACAAAAGAUGCAAUGACAAGGGCUGCGCGGUUGGGACACUUUGAUGUUGUAAAAUGGUUACAUUUUAAUAGAACCGAGGGGUGCACCCACCAUGCAAUGGAUUACGCAAAGUCAUUAGAGAUUCUACAAUUCCUGCAUCAGUGUAGGACUGAAGGUGCCACUUCAAAGGCAAUGGACUAUGCGGCUAACGUGGGGGCUUUGGAUAUCUUAAAAUUCCUCCAUUUCAAUCGAACCGAAGGUUGUACUACAAAUGCAGUUGAUAGAAUACAUGUUAGAGAUUCAAAUAUUCAUUUAAAUGUUUUAAAGUUUUUACGAGAAAAUAGAACAGAAGGAUGUACUAUAGAUGCAAUUGAUAGAAAUCUUAUGUCUUUAUCUGCAAAUCUAGAGAUCAUCAAAUACAUAAAUGAAAACUUUAAGAUGGGUAUUACAAGAGAGGCUGUUCAAAGAGCCGCAAUGAAUGGUCGAUUAGACAUGAUCGAAUAUUUUCAUCAGCAGUUUCCAGUGUCGGACAGUUUGUGGAAUGCAGGUAUAUUGAAUCACGCCGUCAUUAGUAAUAAUAUAGAUAUCGUUAAAUUCCUUCAUUACAAUCGUACAGAGGUUUGUGGUACAUCAGCGAUGGAUACUGCCGCUGAAAAGGGAAAUCUAGAUUUGGUUAAAUUCUUACAUGAGAAUCGUACAGAAGGAUGUACUGUUAGAGCUAUGACAUGUGCAGCACGUAAUUCACAUUUUGAAAUGGUCAAAUGGCUUCAUGAGAAUCGAACAGAGGGGUGUACGGCUGAAGCUCUUUUAGGUUGGAAUGAUAAUCAAAAGUUUAACCUUACUUUUGAGUAUAUCGUGGAACACAAACUUGUCAAUUUGUAUGAUCCAGACAUUUACAAUCGUGUCAUUAAUUUUUAUAGUGUCAAUGGGUACUAUGAAUUUUUGGAUUAUGUCCAGACUAAAUUCAAUCAAAAAGAAGUAGCCAUAUAG